AUGAAACCCAACUCUGUCUUCCUCGUUCUCUCCACCUUUCUCUCUCUCACCGCGCCCGCAUACAGCCAAAACAAGCCUCAGACUCCAAAAUGCGCCCUCGCCUGCCAAGAUUCCGUUGAGCGUGUCACGGACUGUCGCAGGGACGACUACAAAUGUAUCUGCAAGCCGGAGAACUUCGAUAAGAUCGUGGAGGAAUCAGGGCCGUGCGUGUCUAAAAAUUGUGGCACGUUCGUUGCGCUGAAUGAAGUCCUGCCUGCCAUGCAAAAGUUUUGCAAAGAUCAGAAAUGA